AUGUCCAGUGCAGACGAAGUAUGUAACUAGAGACAACCCAAAACCCCCCCCUUGAGAACCAGGCAAAGAAAAAAACUAACCGACUAACUGAUUUACACAGAUACGAGCCAAAAGGUUAGCCAAAUUGAAUGCUGCCAGUGCAAACGCGUCAUCGAGUAAUCAAAAGGGCUCUUCUAGUCAAGAAGCAACAUUGUCUUCAACUCCAUCUACAUUUGACAAAGAACAACCACAACGCGCAAGGACGCUUGAUACGAGCACCCACCGUCCAGUUUCAAAGGCAAGCCCAGGCACCACAGCUACUACAGUACAUGUGACAGGCUACAACGAAACAUCUCCCCUUGUUAAAACAAGCUGGGUUGGCGAGACCAUGGAUUCGAUUUUCAAUUUGCCACCGAAUAAAACUGCAAUUUCAGUCAAUGCACAUCAAUUGUCUGAAAAUUGCAUCGGUAGCCUCGAUGAAAACUACUUGGAUGAAGUGUUUAUGGAGCUUUUAAACUCAGACUACAAAUACCCAGAACCAAUGAGUUAUUUGCACCACAUGUAUGAAAGGGCCUACCUGUUGAAGCAGAAAUUGCCCUUGAAGACGAAAUUUGCUGCGGAAAAGACGGCAUUUCUUGCAUCUAUACUCAAGCAUACCGUGAGGUAUGCUGGCAUGGCUUUGCAAUUUCCUGAUAUGUUUGCAAAAGAAAAUCUAAAAGAAUCAAUCAAUUUCUUGAUUGAUAAAUUUGCACAAGUUUCGUCCUUCUUAACUCAAAUCAUUCAAGAAUCCGUGGAAGACGAUAGUUUAUUGACGGUGUUGAAUUUAAUCUUCCCCACAUUAAGUGUAAAAUUGACUCAAAAUGAAUCGAUUAAAACCGGCAAACAUCUCGGUUAUCUCACCAUGUUUGAGAAUUUGGUGAUGAUGAAACCCGUGGCAGCUGUCUUUUCACAAGUUGAUGGAUUUUUCCCACCAAAUUCAAGAAGGGAAGGGUUGGACUUUGAAUGGCACUCGUUGCUAGGACCGGUUUUGAGAGUCUCGCCAUUGUCGGCCUCGUGCGCUGAAUAUUUUGGCGACCAUCCAAAGUCCAUGUCCCAACCACAGCUCGUUACUGCUUUUGAACUCGCCCAAAACGAAUACAAGGUAAUCAUUGACCACUUGUUCGUCAUUGUGGAUAAAUUGAUUCGUGGCUCAACGCAAACAAGAGAGCUGGUGCUAAAAUGGUUUGCAAAUUUGGUCAAUGUAAGCCAUUUGAGGAGGGGAAGCCACGCAGAUUUCACCAAAUUAGCCAGCGAUGGCCUCAUGUUGAACAUUACUAUUGUUUUGAUAAAAUUGAGUCAGCCAUUUUUGGAUUAUCCAGUAUAUAACAAAAUUGCCAAGAUUGAUGUUGAUUAUUUUGCUAGCAGUGAUUUGCUAGAUAUCCUGGAAGAAUCAAGGGUCAAUUCGCUGAUUGAAGAGGCCGACGAGUACUACAAGCAUAGACACGAGCAAGGUGUUUCAAAGCCAAAUUUCAUUUCCGAUUGUUUCAACUUGACAUUGACAUAUUUGCAUUACGGAAUGGGAGGUAUAUUUAUAAAGUAUGAGAGGUUGGAGCAACAGAUUAAGGAAGGAGAGCAGAGGAUAGCCAUGAUCGAGAUGGGGCGCAUGCCCCCAGGUGUCAAUAACUUGCAAGCAAAUGCCUUGCGAGCGGGCUUGCCGAGAUUGAAAAAAGCCGUGGGGAUGGCUGUUGCCGAAAAAUAUGCAAUCCAGUCCAUUUUCAGUCUUCGUCCGUUGCAAUUGGAAAUAUUUGAUUUUGUCAUUGGAUCAACUGUUUACAUAACACGAAUGAUUGACCCAAACCACAAUUACCCACAAACGAAAUUAUCGAUCCCCAUUUUCAAAAUCGCGAGGGUUUCGCAAUUGGACGAUCACGAUUUCUUGAAAACGAAAACUCCCGAGCCAUGGAAGUAUUACCCCGAGUUUCUCCUUGAAGGGCUUAUCAACUAUUGCAAGUUCACCGUGAACUUUAGAGGUUGCCCCUUGGUCGGUAACGAGGAUAAACUCAUUUUGUUUGUUGAGUUUGCCACUAUUCUUUUGAGGUGCCCGGAAUUAAUUGGUAACCCACACAUGAAGGCCAACUUGGUUGAGAUUUUAUUCAUUGGCUCGCUUCCUGGGCCAAGCGGCCAAGAAGGGUUCAAUGCGCCGAUAUUCAGAAGCGAUCACUUGGUGUUGAACAAUUUACUAUACUCGUUGCUUGACUUUUAUGUCAUGGUUGAGAAAACAGGAGCCUCGUCGCAGUUUUAUGAUAAAUUCAACAGUCGUUACUAUGUGACUGUGAUUCUCGAGGAGUUGUGGAAGACGCCACGAUACAGAAACCAGUUGCGCGAUUAUUCCGAAAACAAUGUCGAGUUUUUCAUCAGGUUCAUUGCCAGAAUGCUUAAUGACACUACAUAUUUGCUCGACGAGAGCUUCAAUUUAUUGAAUUCAAUCCAUGACUACCAAGUCGAGAUCAAGCGUCGUUUAGCUGGCGAUCCGGAAAACGAAGAGUUGGGAUCCACGGAGGAGUUAAAUGGCAAUUUGGAAUCAGCCGAAAAGAGAGCGAAAUCGUUGAUGAGCUUGUCCAACAAGACCAUUGAAUUGUUCAAAUUGUUCACGAGAGAAGUACCCAAGGGAUUCGUGUUACCUGAAAUCGUCGACCGUUUGGCCGGUAUGCUUGACUACAACUUGUCCAUCCUUGUAGGCCCCAAAUGUUCCAAUUUAAAAGUAGAGGCACCGGAAAAGUACAAUUUCGAACCCAAAAAGGUGCUUAGCGACAUUUGCGAAGUUUAUGUGAAUCUCGCAUCACAGAGCCGAUUUGUCAUUGCCGUUUCUCGCGAUGGGAGAUCUUUUGAUGUCAACUACUUUAGGAAAGCGGAGAACAUUUUAACAACUAGGACAUUUACCGAUAACAAGAUUAUCAAUCAGCUUAGGAUAUUUUCACAAAAGGCCGAAGAGAAUCGAAAAGCUGAAGAAGACGAAGAGUUGGAGUUGGGCGAGGUUCCCGACGAAUUCUUGGACCCCUUAAUGUUUACCUUGAUGGAAGAUCCAGUCAUUCUACCAGGCUCUAAAGUCAGCAUUGAUCGGUCUACAAUCAAAGCGCAUUUGAUAAGUGACGCAACUGAUCCAUUCAACAGAAUGCCCUUGAAAUUGGAAGAUGUGGUGCCCGAUGUUGAAUUGAAAGACAAAAUCACAGCUUUUAAGCAACAAAAGAAGAAUGAGAGAUUGAACGCAGGAGACUCGCCCAUGCCCGAGUAG